AUGGAAGAGUUGGAUGAGCUCCCGGCGAGCUCGGAGGCGCUUCAGGGGGAGAUUCGCUCGUGGUUGGCCAAGUCUCGGACGUCGGCGGCCAAGGUGAAGCAAGUGCUCGGAUUGCUGGAUCCGGUGCGAUUGGGGAACGGGGCGGAAAAGUACGAGAGACCGGAGUGGCGGAAAGACGGUCCGCCGUCGAUGUAUCGGGCGCACUGGAGGCAUCAGGCGUGUCAGAUUCUCGGGACGCAGGAGUCGGCGAUACCAGAGAACGUCACCGUGGCGCUCAAGGCGUACCUCUGGCCCACAGCGCUGGAUACCAAGCGCGCCGAUCACACGGCGUGGAUCAUCAAGGUGCCGAAGUUUGUUUCGCGCGUCUUACACGACGCGGCGGCGGCGAACAAACAGAUGCCGUCGAUGGAAGACGACAUGGACGUCGACAUGGACGCAGAGGAGCCGGUGGGCACGGUGCGCAUCUUUGUGGACCCGUUUCAAGCGGAUAAGACGAAGGCUAUGACACAGGGCGUCAUGGAACUCACCGGAAAAGAGGCGGCGUCGGUGCCGAAGAAGUACAUCUUAGCCAACCAGGCCACGGACAUGCCGAUGCACGUGUUCUCAGACGUUCGAGAGGGCUUGAAGCUGGGCGGGCAUCAAGACAUCACACUUGAAGCAAGAAUUGAUUUGAAGCUAGACAUGCGUCCGAGUUCUAUCGAUGACGUCGAUUACAAUAGAGUUAGCAAAGAGCGCAUGGAACAGGCGCAGACGAAGACGAGAGUGACGCAAAGCUCCUCGGAGAUGCGGUUUGCGCCGCUACCAAAGCGCGCCAACUUGGUUCGCUUCACCGCCGACGCUGUCGGUGCAAAGACGGAGAAGAAGGAACGCAUGGAGAAGAAGGCGCUGGAGAACUUGCUCUUUGGUUUGUUCGAGAAGCAACCUUACUGGAGCAUGAAGCAGCUUUUGUUGGAGUCAAAGCAGCCAGCGGACUGGUUGAAGACAAACUUGAGUGAGAUCGCAAUACUCACGCGUCGGGGGCCAAACAUGGGAUUGUGGGGUCUCAAGCCGGAGUGGAAACAGGCGGGCGCGCCGGAACAAAUGUCUUAG